AUGACCGAGCAGCGCCCGCCCCGGCCCCUCUACUUCCCCCACUUCCACGACCGCACCGAGCCCGUCCCACCCCCGGCCGACGGCGGCGGCCUGUGGACGUCCUUCGCAGCCGUAUGCGGGCCGCGGCAGCCGGCGCCCGCUGCUGCCGAGGUGCCCCGCUGGGCCGCGGGGCUGGCGCCCAUCGCCUACGAGCCGCUGCGCUUCUUCAGCCCGGCGGCGGCUGCGGAGGAGGGCGGGGCCGCGGCGCAGCGGCCCGGGGAGCAGCCGCAGCUGGAGGGCGAGAUCUGCGAGCUGGGCAUCCGCCUGAAGGAGCUGGAGCUGCUGGCGCUCGUCGGCGACGGCUUCGACGCGCAGCAGUAUAAACUUUUGAACACACUGAAAGAAGAAAAGAUACAAGGCAUGAAAGCAAGGCAGAAGCUGAAGAAAUAG